AUGUCCCGUCUUGAGACUAAGCCGUUGCUACCUUUGGGCACGGCGAGCUCGCUGCACAGCGGUGAAUCAUACGCACAGCGGCUGCUUUCGAUACCCCGCGAGGUGAUUCCGCUUUCUUUGUUCGCGUUUGGUGGACCUCCAGCUCAUCUUGCGCUUGCUCACGAUCGAUUCGUGUAUAAACGGAAGUGGCUGACCGACGAUAGAUUUUUAGAAGUUUUAUCAAUCGCUUCGGCUAUCCCUGGCCCGACAUCGACAAUGACAAUUUCCGCUAUAGGGCUGCUCCGCGCUGGUCCAUUGGGCGGAAUAUUUGCCUUAUUCUUUUGGGCUCUACCUGGUUGGAUUGUCCUGACGAUCGCUGGCAUUGGUGCCAAGUAUCUUCGAGACGGUCUUCCCGUAUGGUUGAUUGGAUUAGCACCCGCUGCCGUGUCGAUUGUUGUAAUUGCAGCUGUCCGACUAUGGCAAAAAGCAUGCGAGGACGAUUCGGCAAAGAGCUUUGUAGCUGCGAUAUCAGCAUGCGUGGUGCUGGCCACGCAAGGUUUAUCUUCGCUAAUCUUUCCUGUAGUCAUGGCAUCAGGUGGACUAUUUAUAUUACUUUCGACGAUGCUUGGCUAUUCGCAAUUUUCAAUUUCUAGUGAUCAAGUAGCCUUGAGCCAUAUUGAGAGGCACAUAGGAAUCCAUCCAAUUGUUGGCGCAAUGAUUGUACUUUCUUGGUUAGCAGGUUUAAUAAUGCUUGCAAAAUACCAUCCCCAGGAAAGUGGCGAGUACUCGCCUGUGUCACUCUUUUAUAGUUUUUACUGGAUUGGUUCCAUUAUAUUUGGCGGCGGCCAAGUGAUGCUUCCAAUGCUGCUGAACGAUAUAGUUUUGACCGGGUGGAUUUCAAAAGAACAAUUCUUGGUCGGUCUUGCAUUAGUGCAAUCUUUACCAGGGCCAUUAUUCAACAUUUCGGCGUAUAUCGGUGGACUUAUUUACGGCAUUCCUGGAGCCCUGAUCUCAAGCGUCGGUCUAUUCAGUCCCGGUAUUAUACUCCUCUUUGGAUUACUUCCGCUUUGGGAGCGUGUACGUCACAGCAGGAGCCUGCAAAUUUUUCUUUCUGGUGUCAAUGCGUCUGCAACAGGGCUUAUUGUCGCUUCCUUUUUUCUGUUGUGGGAGAAAGCAGUACGCACCAAUGCAAGUGCCGCUGUGGGUCUAGCGACAGCGUUAAUGGUUGGGGUAUUCCGUGUGCCUACAUCAAUGGCGAUUAUUGCUGGAGCCAUUUUGGGCUUCCUUUUAUCCUCAGCAGUCUUUAAUAUCGGCCAGAAGAAUUUUUGCGACUGA